CAAACGUGUGUGAGAGAGAGAAGUAGGGCGGCAGGCAGAGUGGGAGCAGUAAAGAGAGAGGAGUCUCAUCGAUACAGUUGUCCUUAGACCGAGUCAUUUAAACGUACUCAGCAUCUUCCUCAUCAUCAUCAUCAUCAUCAUCAUCAUCUAUGUCGGUUCUUCCUCUGCGGGUGAAAAUGUUGCGGCAGGUCUGGAGGUUGAAGGGCGUCAUCGUCCUCGUCUGCAGCCCGUUCAUCCUGCUGCCGCUUGCCGUCAGCACCACGGAGGCGGCCUGUGCUUAUGUCAUAGCCCUGAUGGCGGUGUACUGGUGCACUGAGGUGUUGCCGCUGGCGGUGACGGCGCUGCUGCCGACCAUCCUGUUCCCCGUCCUCGGCAUCAUGGAGUCCAAAGACGUGUGUAUGCAGUACCUGAAGGACACCAACAUGCUGUUCGUGGGGGGGCUGAUGGUGGCGGUGGCCGUGGAGCACUGGAACCUCCACAAACGCAUCGCGCUCAGAGUGCUGCUGCUGGUCGGCGUCCGACCCGCCCUGUUGAUGCUGGGGUUCAUGGGAGUGACAGCCUUCCUGUCCAUGUGGAUCAGUAACACGGCCACCACCGCCAUGAUGGUCCCCAUAGUCCAGGCCGUCCUGGACCAGCUCAACGGCAACGUAGACCCUGAACCCUCUUCCAAGAGCCAGAGAAGCAAUGUCAUUCUACACCAGGAACAUCCGGAGAAAACCAGCAGCAUCCUGCAAACUGCCGCUCCAAACGUCCUGGAGAACGGUGUGAAUGGGGCAACCUUAGCACAAGGCAAAUCAGAGAAAACCAGCAACCUACAAGACAACGUAUCCCCCGAGCAGAAAGUGUUGUCAGAGGGUCAGAUGGACAGACUGAUUGUCAAACCAACACCACAGGACAAACCUCCAUCAGACUGCACCAACAGUGGGCCUGUGGUUGUGUCUGUGGAGAACGUCUGCUGUCAGAUGGAGUUGGAGGAGCUGAGUGACGUGGAGGAGGAGAGGCGGAGGAUGAGUAAAGGACUCCUGCUGUGUGUGUGCUACGCUGCCAGCAUCGGAGGCAUCGCUACUCUGACCGGAACCGGACCCAACCUGGUUCUGAUCGGACAGAUGAGCCAACUCUUCCCUCAGAACGGUGAUGUGAUCAACUUUGCAUCCUGGUUUGCGUUCGCCUUCCCCAUCAUGGUGCUGAUGCUGACGCUGGCCUGGUUCUGGCUGCAGUUCCUCUACAUUGGAUGCAACCUGCGGAGGACGUGGGGUUGUGGGGCAGUCCAGUCAGAGAAGGAGCGAGCAGCGUACGAAGUGAUCAGAGAUGAGCAUCGGCGUCUGGGACCGAUGAGUUACGGAGAGGUCAGCGUCCUGGCGCUCUUCAUCCUCAUGGUGGCUUUGUGGUUCACACGAGACCCGCGCUUCAUGGCUGGCUGGGCCACCCUCAUCUUCAACGCCAAGGCUGAGUUCGUCACCGAUGCGACCGUCGCUCUGUUUGUUGCUGUUCUGCUGUUCGUUCUUCCCUCCGAGCCGCCGCGCUUCCUGUGCUCCUGGAGGAGCUCUGACACAGCGUCCCAGGUGUCACAAGGCCCCGCCCCUCCUCUGCUCACCUGGCAGGUGACUCAGAAGAAGAUGCCCUGGAACAUCGUCCUGCUGCUGGGAGGAGGCUUCGCUCUGGCCAAAGGCAGCGAGGAGUCCGGUCUGUCCCGCUGGCUCGGUGCUCAGAUGACACCGCUGCACUCCAUCCCUCCCUGGGCCAUCGCCGUCAUCCUCUGCCUCCUCAUCGCCACCUUCACAGAGUGUGCCAGCAACGUCGCCACGGCAACGCUCUUCCUGCCCAUCCUGGCCUCCAUGUCCCAGUCUAUAAGCUUGAACCCGCUGUACGUGAUGAUCCCCUGCACCCUCAGCGCCUCCUUCGCCUUCAUGCUGCCGGUGGCCACGCCUCCCAACGCCAUCGUCUUCUCCUACGGUUUACUCAAAGUGUCCGACAUGGCUAAAGCGGGCGUGGUGAUGAACAUCAUCGGGCUCGGCUGCAUCAGUCUGGCCAUCAACAGCUGGGGUCGCGUCAUGUUCGGCCUGGACUCUUUCCCUCCGUGGGCCAAUGCCACCGCACCUGUGUAGGAACGACAACCUGCUGCCUCAUCUUUAUUCUGUUUUGGGUGGAAUUUGUUUUUUUGUAUUCACACUUGCAGCUUGUGACUGCUGGUCCUGAGCCACCGGAGACGUCGUCUUGAUGUUUGGACCUUCUCGCUGCUGACGCAGGACGCCAAACCGGAGGUUUUGUUGUCAAACUGGCCCCGCCGCUAAUUAGUGGCGGCUUAAAUCUCCAGAGCUGCAGUCAGAGGCAUACCGUCAACUCUUAAAUAAAAGUUGGUAUUCAAAUAAUGGUCAAAUCUCAAAUAAUACCCAUGGCCACCAUGAACAAGUAAAGGUCUGUAAUAUAGGCCAGGUAGGUAAAGUCCAGGUAAAGGUAAUAAUAGUAAAAGUAAAUGUUCAUUUCCACAUCGCUAAUAUUCUCUUUUUAACACCAAUACUGUUUUUAUCCGCUAAUUAAUUCCAGUCACUUCUACUUUGCUGGGGUUAUUUUUCAAUCAAUGAUAAGCUACUGUCAAUGAAACUCAACACUUCCUGCAGGCGUUUCAAAUUAAAAGCCAACCAGAAACGGGAGGGAUCGUGUCCUUUGAGCUGCUGGAAGGCCUUUAAUUUGAAACGUCUGUGAAUACAAUGCGCAACCCAAAGAUGUUCUGUUGACAUCUCUCAUUUUCAUUCACUGAUUAGUUCCAAUCACUUCUACUUAGCCGAAUUUUUGAUCAAUGUUAACCCGCUGUCAAUGAAGCUCAACACUUCCUGCGAGUGUUUCAAAUUAAAAGCCUAACAAGAAUGGGAGGGAUUAUGCCGAUCCGCUGGAAGGCUUUUAAUUUGAAACCCCAAAAGAUUUGUUACAAUGACAUAAAACAAUCUUUUGCAUUUUCCUUUUCUACAAUAAUAAUUAUCUGAGCACCGCUGCUGCUGUUUCCAAUUCUUCUUUUACUCCACAGUGUUUAACAGCGAUUAAAAAACCCCAGUAAAGUACAAGUGAUUGGUUAUUAGUUAGUGAAUGAAAACAGUCGUAAAGUGAAGAAAAACUAAGAUCAGAUUUUUUUUAGAAUCAACUGGCAAACAUUUUCUAGUUUCAGCUUCCAAAAUAUGAGCAUUAGCUGCUUUAGCUUGCUCUGUUUUAUAUCACUGUAAACAGAAUAUCUUCAGGAAAAACAGCAAAGUAGAGGCGACUGUAAAUAAAAAGCGAAUUAAAACAGAGUUGUUGUUAAACAGAGAAAGAGUCGUGGAAAUGGACAUUAUGCUGAAUUAAACGUGAAGGAAAUCCAGGUCAGUUUGCGUCAACAUAAACUAAUAUAAUUAUAAAACGGGAAUAAUCUCUAAUAGAAGCCUAAUUCAAAUAAAUACUUGUUUCUCUUCAGUUGCGGUAAAUAAAGUCUAAUAUCUGAGAAUUUAGGGUUAGCUCUUCCUUAAAACUGCAAACUUUAACCCCAAACAUUUAGUUAAAACCUUGAGAAGGUCAAUAAUAGUGAUAGUCAGUACGACUUUAUGCACAGAUGUUAUUUGGGAAACUGACUCUGGAUCAGUGAACAGACUUCGAAGACGAUACGACCGCUCUUAUCCCUGUGAAUUGGAAUUAUUUUAAGUAGUUAGAGAAUAUACUGUGUGUUUUGUAUUGUUUUCUAUUUAAACAUCUGGUUUUUAUUUACUAACGUGUGGGCGAGUGAGAGAAUGUGAACUGUACAGACAUAACCUGCAGAGUUUUGUACCACCUUGUUGCUAACGGGUUUUAUUUGCUGUUAAUAAAACUUGAUCUUUAAA